ACUCGGAUGCUGCUGCUCGCCCGACGCACAGACCUGCGGCGAAUCUCUUUGGACACGCCGGACUUCACCGACAUCAUCAUGCAGGUGGACGACAUCCGCCACGCCAUCGCCAUCGACUUCGACCCGGUGGAGGGCUACAUCUACUGGACGGAUGACGACGUGAAGGCCAUCCGCCGCUCCCUGCUGGACGGCAGCGACGCCCAGUUUGUGGUCACGUCUCAGGUGAACCACCCCGACGGCAUCGCGGUCGACUGGAUCGCCCGAAAUCUGUACUGGACCGAUACAGGAACGGACCGCAUUGAGGUGACCCGGCUCAACGGGACCAUGCGAAAGAUCCUGAUCUCUGAAGACCUGGAUGAGCCCAGAGCCAUCGUGCUGGACCCUGUGGCCGGGUACAUGUACUGGACUGACUGGGGCGAGGUUCCGAAGAUCGAGCGAGCAGAUCUGGACGGACUGGAGCGAGUGGUGAUGGUGAACACCUCUCUUGGUUGGCCCAACGGCCUCGCACUCGACUACGAUGAACGCAAAAUCUACUGGGGAGACGCCAAGACUGACAAGAUUGAG